GAAUGUAGAAACCCAAUCGAUAAGCUCCAAUGUAGAUUAAGAAGCAUGGGAGAUACUUUAUAAAUGACAGCUUUCUCUCCAUGUCAAGCACACAGUUAAACAACCUAGUUACAAAAUGAAGUGCAUCCUCUUGGUAGUAGCUAUCUUGGCUUGCGUUGCCGCAUUCCCGAACACUCGGAUGACCUUGCCUCGCUUGCCUCUUUCGGUGUUGAUGAGCGGCAGAUUCCAACUGAUUCCGGAUGAGAAAAUUGUUGGUGGAACCCAAGUCGCUCCCAAUUCCCUCCCUUUCCAGGUUUCGCUGCAGAGACGUGGACUUUUGGCUAACAGCGCAUAUUCGCACAUCUGCGGUGGCUCCAUCCUAGACGCAUCCACUAUUCUCAAUGCCGCUCAUUGUGUUGAUGGUGCCAACGUUGCCAGACUUCGUGUCGUCGCCGGUGAACACAGCCUGUCGCAAGUCAGCGGAGACGAACAGAUUUCCGCCGUCUCAAGUUUCACCAUGAACGCCAACUACAGCUCGGCAACUUACGAGAAUGACAUCUCUCUGAUUUUCUUGACUACGCCUUUUGACCUGAGCGUUGCCACUGCUAAGCCCGUCAACUUACCUGCCCCUGUUGCCGAAUUCGACCCACCUGCUGGAACCAUCAUCACCGUUUCCGGAUGGGGAACCACAAGCGAGGGAGGCAGCAUCUCGGAUGUGCUCCUCAGCGUCGAUAUUCCCGUCAUCUCUGAUGCUGAUUGUAGCGCUGCUUACGGAGGCUCUGUAACUUCUUCCAUGAUGUGCGCUGGAGGACCGAACGGUGGUAUCGACUCUUGCCAAGGUGACUCUGGCGGCCCACUCUUCACUGGCACUGGUGUCGAAGCCGUCCAGCACGGUAUCGUUUCCUGGGGUCAGGGUUGUGCCCAGGCCGCUUAUCCUGGUGUUUACACUCAGGUGUCUUAUUUCCUUGACUGGAUCGCUGCCAACCGAGGUUAAUGACGAAUGUAAGAGUGUGCAUCCUUCUGUAGCACUUCUAUGUCUGUGGACACAUUCGUUGAAACGUGAAAUGCUGUGCUUGUUUGCUAAUAUGAAUACAACAACAAAAUGAAUAAUA